CCACGUAAGUCAGGGUCGUAUUUUUCUGACGUUUUAUUAGUAAAAAUUACGUUUUUUAAUCCUUGAAGUAAUAUGUGAGAAUGGUUUAGUAAUUUAAAAAGUGCGUAUACGAAUUUUUUGUGUUUCAACAUCGUUCUGACCACGAUUGCCAAGCCAUGUCUAAUUUGCCACCAAACCCUUACGACACAACAUCGCCCCAGAUGAACGCCAACCCGGGGACGUAUUCGAACCACAACCAGCCGUUGAGUCAGGUGCCAUUGAGCCAGCUGCCACCGGGUUAUGGGGGACAGAAACAAGAUGCUAAUUCAAACAGCCCUCUCCCGCCGUCCUCCACAACUUUAAACCAUUCCAUGGGCCAACUGAACAAUUACUCCCAUAGUGCUAGUAGUUCACCAGCUUUUAACCACCCGGGAAUGAUGAGUUCUUCUCUUACAGGACACCAAUCAUCUCCAAUGAGGCCUCCAAUGAAACCACCCAUGGCUCCAAGCCCUAUUCAAAACUUACCACCUUCUAGUGUUUCCCCAGCUAUGGCUAGGGUGGCAACAACUCCUAAUUCCAGUGCCUCCACUUCUCCAUAUCCCCCUAAUACUCAACAGCGACAGAUUAAUGACAAUGCUCCACCCCUCACACUAUCUAGUCAAUCUCUUGUGAAUGGGCCGUCUAUGGUUGGCCCUCCUGCUUCAUUCUCCCAACCUACACCUUAUCCACCAUCUUCUAAUGCUUUUGCUCCUAUGGUCAAUAGACCACCACCGAGCACAGCUUUUCCACCUGGGUUAUCAAAUCCACCAUACCAGCAAGGGCCUCCAAUACAAGGUCCUUCCAUUAUGAAGCCACCAGGUCCUACUCCAAUGACAACUCAGGCAAAUGUACCAUUUUCUGGGCCACCACAGUUGGGGCCACAUAGAAAUAGCCCUUUGAUGUCUGCAGCACCACCAUCUGGACCCCCAACAUCAGUAUCUUCAACGAGUGGACCUUUAGGAAGUGCUGUUAGCGGUCCUCCAUUCGGGUCCACAAGACCAAUUGGUGUGAAUGGUCCUAACCCUUUAGGACCGCCACCUGCUAGUGGGACAGUCGCAAGCAACUCUAAUGGACCUCCAGGAAUGCCAACUGUGCCUUCCGGUCAAUUUCAUAGAACAGCUCCACCAGAGGUGAGCAAACCACCAACUAGCCAAGCCUAUGCAGGACCACAUAAUAAUGGCCCUCCGGGAUUACCUAUGGGGCCUUCUAGACCUCCAUUAGGUGGGCCACUAAAUCCACUUAUGGCGCCACCUACAACUCAAGGAACUAUAAACCAAGGGCCUGCGAUUAACCGAGGUCUAUUAAUGAAUCAAUCCCCUGGAAAUCAAGGUCCACCUAUAAACCAAGGUCAGCUUAUAAAUCAUGGACCACCUAUAAAUCAAGGACCACCAAUUAGUCAUGGUCCACCAAUGCAUCAAGGGCCUCCAAUGAACCAAGGACCCCAAAUACAUCAAGGUCCACCAAUGAAUCAAGGGCCACCUUAUAGUCAAGCACCACCCAUGAAUCAAACUUCACACCAUGCACAUAUGGGACAAAAAUUAUUGCCAAUGGGGCCAUCACCUGUCAGUUCACCGCCAGAGCCUGCAAGUGGUCCACAAAGUAACAUACCAGGUCGAUAUCCACAAAUGCCACAAACUAACUAUUCCAACCAUCAGCUUCAAACAAAUUUAGGAAAGCCUCCAUAUGCAAUGAAUGCUCAGAGUUUGAAUCAGCAAAUGUCACAGUUGAGUGUGACUAAGCAAGGGUUUGAUCAGCUGUGGGGUCACCAGAUGUUAGACUUGAUGACUUGCAGACAGAUAUUGCCAGAAUACCUCGAGGAUCCACCUGAGAUUCGGCUGGGACAUCAGUUUUCUGAUGCACCAAAUUGCAGUCCUGAAAUCUUCAGAUGUACGGUUAACAAGAUUCCGGACACAAACAGCCUGCUGCAGAAGUCCAGGUUACCUUUAGGAAUUUUAAUACACCCCUUCAAGGAUCUUAACCACCUUCCCGUGAUUCAAUGCACGACGAUAGUCCGGUGCCGUGCUUGCCGCACCUACAUCAACCCCUUCGUGUACUUCGUUGACGCCAAGCGCUGGAAGUGUAAUCUCUGCUAUCGAGUCAAUGACUUGCCCGAAGAAUUCCAAUACGAUCCAGUUAGCAAAUCGUACGGUGAUCCGUCGCGACGGCCCGAGAUCAAAUCGGCGACCAUUGAGUUCAUCGCGCCUGGUGAAUACAUGCUACGCCCGCCACAGCCUGCGGUUUAUCUAUUUUUAUUGGAUGUGUCACAGCUUGCACGAGACUCUGGAUACUUGCAGGUGGUGUGCAAUACAUUAAAGAACAACUUGGAUCAACUGCCGGGCGAUGCGCGCACGCAGGUGGGCUUCAUCUGCUUCGACGCACACGUGCACUACUACCUCAUGAGCGACGGCCUCACGAGGCCUAAAGAGAUGACCGUCAUCGACGUUGACGAUGUGUUCCUUCCGUCGCCGGAAUCGCUGCUGGUGAACCUGGGCGAGAGACGCGAGCUGAUAAAGGAGCUGUUGACGGUCCUGCCGCAGAGGCACUCAGGGCUCGGCGUGUCGGCCUGCGCGCUGGGAGCGGCGCUGCAGGCAGCUUACAAGCUCAUGGCUCCAACAGGAGGUCGCGUAACCGUGUUCCAGACCUGUUUACCGAAUGUAGGACCAGGAGCUUUACAACCGAGAGAGGACCCGAACGCGCGGUCUGGCAGCGAGGUGCCCCACCUGGCGCCGGCCACGGACUUCUACAAGCGCCUAGCGUUGGACUGCAGCGGCGCCCAAGUCGCCGUUGACCUCUUCCUGCUCAACUCGCAGUACGCGGACCUCGCUUCGCUGAGUGGCAUGAGCAAAUUCAGUGCUGGCACAGUGUACCACCUUCCACUAUUUAAGGCAUCGCGGCAGUGGCAGGCAGAUCAGCUCACGAGGAUAUUCACCAGGUACCUUACAAGGAAGAUCGGCUUCGAGGCCGUCAUGCGGGUACGGUGUACGAGGGGCAUAGGAAUCCACACAUUCCACGGAAACUUCUUCGUGCGAUCAACGGACCUGCUGUCGCUACCAAACGUUUCACCAGACGCCGGCUUCGGCAUGCAACUCACGAUCGAGGAAUCGCUCUCUGACCUGCAGCAGGUCUGCUUCCAGGCCGCCUUGCUCUAUACUAGCAGUAAAGGCGAGCGCAGGAUACGGGUGCACACACUGGCGCUGCCGGUGGCCACGAACCUCACGGACGUGCUGCAUUCUGCUGAUCAGCAGUGCAUUAUAGGAUUACUUAGUAAAAUGGCCGUGGACCGCUGCACGACGGCGUCGGUGGCGGAGGCGCGCGAGGCGCUGGUGAACGUGGCCGUGGACGUGCUGGCGGCGCACCGCCUGGCGCAGAACCUGCCCACCGGCUCCGUCAGCGCCGCGCUGCACGCGCCGCACGCGCUGCGCCUGCUGCCGCUCUUCCUGCUGGCGCUGCUCAAGAGGAAAGCGUUCCGCACGGGCACGAGCACGCGGCUGGACGACCGAUUGGCCGACAUGUGCGCCAUGAAGUCGCUGCCGCUGCCGCAGCUGAUGCGCGCCGUGUACCCCGACCUGUACCCCGUGCACGCGCUGCGCGCCCCCGCCCCCGCCCCCGCCCCCGCCCCCGCCCAGCGGCCCGACGACGACGACGAGCCCGACGCGCCCGACCCGCCGCGCCUGCACCUGUCCGCCGAAAGAAUAAACGCCAACGGCGCCUAUCUGCUCGACGAUGGCGAGACGAUGAUAAUCUACGUGUGUCACGCGGUGAGUCCGGCGUUCCUGUCCGAGACGUUCGGCGUGGCGGCCUUCAGCCAGCUGCCCGACGAGGCUCGCAGCCUGCCGCGCCUCGACACCGAAGGCAACGCGCUGCUGCACACUUUCAUCGACAAACUCAACGACGACCGGCCCUAUGCCGCCAACAUUCUCGUCCUCAGAGACAACUCGCCGUCGCGCGUGACGUUCACGGAGCGGCUAGUGGACGACCGCGUGGAGUCUUCCUUCGCGUACUACGAGUUCCUGCAGCACAUUAAGUUGCUGAUGAAAUGAGUCUGCGCGCGCGCACGCCACGACCACUGCCCGAGCCGCCUUACUACAUUACCUGAAUCACGUUACGCAAUCACCUUCGAUUUAGUUGGGAGUUGAUAAAUGCUGAACUAUCUCAUUAUUAUUGGUUCCGUACGAUACGGUAGCGCGUGCAGGAGGUUCGCUAUUUACGGGCUUAGAUUUGAAAAGGGUUAUAGUCACAAAAUUUAACUUUUCAGAAGUUAAAUCUUAUAAACAACUAUCGUUGACAAGCUGUGGGACGCUAUGUAUCAUACGGUGCCAAUGUCUUUGCAGUGAUAAAAUUUACCUAAUUUUUGAAGCGCAAUUGUCUUCUAAUCAGCCGAUAUGAUGACUUGAUGUUGUAUUUAAAAUUGUCGCAACUCUGAGAACAACAAAUCGAUACCUCCUAUGAACAGUUGGCGUACCAACUUUAUUUUAUUGGUCAUUUUCUGUUAUUUUUGUAAAUAGCCAUAUUUAUUUACU